CAAAUACCGAGGUUAGAAUAACUGCGAUCUGUCUAUAUAAUAGAUGUGCUCACUUGGUGUUUGAAACAAUCUCUUUAUCAUUUUUUUUCAAGUUGCCACCAUACAGAGCGUCAGAUAUGGCAGAAUUCUGGUCGGUUACGUGCCCGGGGCUCAUACUCUGUAUUAGGGCCCGUAUAUUUCAACACAUAUCAACCAAUCGCUACAGCCGCCUGGGAUUGCAAGCACUCUGCACCGCUGGAAUCAUAUAUAUUUGCGGCAAAGCUCUGUCUAGGUUGAUUCUGAACAACUGGACUUCGGACAAGUGGGACUGGAGGAGAGAAGUUGUUUUAAUUACCGGCGGCUGCAGUGGGAUUGGUGAACAGAUCGCACGGAAAUUUGCUGAACGCAAUAUCAAAGUGGUCGUACUCGAUAUUACGCCCCCAAAGGUCGCCAUGCCCACUCUUGUUCAUUUCUACAAGUGCGACAUUACAUCCCCAGAGACAAUUCGCAGUACAGCACGACGUAUUAGUGAGGAUGUGGGCUGCCCGAGCAUUUUGAUCAAUAAUGCAGGUAUUGGCAGCGCAAAACCUCUACUCGACGAAACAGAUGAAGAAAUUCGGCGCACUUUUGAUGUCAACAAUAUUGCUCAUUUUUGGGUAGUGCGUGAAUUCCUUCCGCACAUGAUCAAACAAAACCAUGGCCAUGUAGUCACUGUUGCAAGCAUGGCGAGCUUUGUGACGCUUGCAUCGAAUGUUUCAUACUCUUGUACAAAGGCCGCGGCUCUGAGUUUUCAUGAAGGCCUGGCACAGGAGCUUCGGCAUAGGUAUGAUGCAAGGAAAGUUCGUACAUCGUAA